GUUCGUUUAGUCGACGAUUUAAUUGGGCGGCUGAGAUGUGGAUGAUGAAAGGGAGAAAUCGGAUCUUCCGAAUUAAAUAGGUCCCGAUCGAUCCCUUGAUGACGAGAUUGGAUCCACCGCAGCCGGCGCUCUCCUCUUUCGGCUAAUCUCUUUCACCCUUUUCUCGCCCGCGGAGGAGCGUUUUGCCGGCGAUCGCGUGCGGAUGGUGCGGGCGGAGGAGGCGGCGCGGUUGGAUCGGCUCGAGAGCCAGGUCGAGAACGGCGGCGGAGGAGCGGAGGAGUACCUCUGCCUCGUCCGCAAGCUAAAGGCCCGACGAUCCGACAAGGUCCUCAAACACGGCCUCUCGAUCUUGAACGACCCCAAGGCCCGAUCCAAGCUCGGAGGAGAAGAAUGGACCCUAUACGAGCAGGUGGCAUUUGCUGCUAUGGAUUGCCAGCAACAUGAUGUUGCAAAGGAUUGCAUUGCAAUUCUCUCAAAAGAAUUCCCAGGAAGCACAAGGGUUGGAAGAUUAGAAGGGUUGCUGCUUGAGGCCAAAGGUGCAUGGGCUGAAGCAGAAAAAGCUUAUGAACGUCUUCUAGAAGACAACCCACUUGAUCAAUUAAUCCACAAAAGAAUGGUGGCUAUAGCGAAAGCACAAGGAGAUUUAUCAGCUGCUGUCAAUUUACUCAAUAAAUACUUAGAAAUAUUCAUGGCAGAUCAUGAUGCUUGGAGAGAACUGGCUGAAAUCUACAUGUCUCUACAGAUGUAUAAGCAAGCAGCCUUUUGUUAUGAGGAGCUGAUACUAUCUCAACCAACAGUUCCUCCAUAUCAUCUAGCUUAUGCAGAGGUUCUUUAUACCAUUGGUGGCUUGGAAAAUCUUCAGACAGCUAAAAAGUACUAUGCAUCCACCAUUACCUUGACUGGAGGAAAGAACACCAGAGCUCUCUAUGGUGUCUGCUUGUGUAGUAUUGCCAUCAAUCAGCUAACGAAAGGACGGAACAAGGAAGAGAAAGAGGGUUCCAACCUGCAAUCUCUAGCGGCAGAGGCCUUGCAGAGGGACUACAAAGAGAGGGCUCCUAAGAAGCUGCCUCUUGUCAUCAGCAUGCUGAAGAACAUGAAACUGAACUCCUGAUUCUGUGUUUUUCUACAGAUUCCUUGGUUGCUUUAAUUAACGUGAUGGUCAUUAUCUGUAUUCUAUCAUUUGAGGGAUUUCUUAUCCUCUUUCACCUUUGGACCAGUGUGGUAUGUAUACUGUCAGCUCGUAGAUCAUGUUUUAGUACUUCAACUAGGUUAUCGUGCCGUUGCCAGCGAAGAAUCGUUAUAUUUAUAACAGCAUUGUUUAGACAUAAUAAGCUGGAGUGUGGUGUGCCAUUAAAGGUGUGCCACUGGUAAAUCAUUGGAAUACAAGCCGCUGUUCUUAAUUUUGGUUUUUA